AUGGACAAAGAGGAGACCUCCAGAAGCCGAAUCAGGUUGUUCAUCUACGUGGUGCUAGGACUGCUACCGUUGUUACUGAUUCCCCACGGUAGGGCCUCAAGACUCCCCCUCGAGGCAAUCGAAUACUACACGAAUUAUCCAACCGAUGACAUUUCAGUGAGGGUUCCUGUGUAUGUUUACUGUGAGGAUCUGGAGAUGCCAGAUCUAGCUGCUGCGGUUCAGAUCCAAGUGGACCACCAGAUGAAUAGGACAAGAGACCAGCGGAUAUGGCAAUGGACUUUGGACAUUAGAGACGGGAAACCCGAGCAUUUCAACGAGUACUACUCUUUGAAAGUGCGCAUAGGUGCGGAGGAUGCGAUUCAUGUGGACAAUUCUCUAAAGUAUGCAGAACUGUUCGUGAAGAUGGAGAGUAUAGCAAAUAACGAUGUGCCAUUCUUCGUGACUCAAACACUUUUGUUCCAUAUUUUCCACGAAGAAGUUGAACAGCAGUAUCUGGAUCAUUAUACUAAGACUUAUGACUCCAACACUGGUCAGUUCUACAUCGAGUUGGAUAGAGAUGAGACGGUGGUUGAGUAUGGUUCAGACGUCAAAGUACUGUUCACUUUGUUCGCCAGUGAGGAUUUGAGUGGUUGGGAAUUAUCUUAUGCUAUAAGUGAGUACUUUGAACCGCUUUGUUUGAUGAUCUCACGCUUGGUGAACAUGACAGUGGAAUCACAAGUCAUAUAUCUGGACUCAUUGAACUACACUCUAGAAGCUAUCAAGGCUCAAACCUCUCAAUUGGAUGCUGAUCAGACCAUUAACCUAGCGAUUUAUCCAAUGCCUCAGCGAAACAUCCAGCAGAUUGUUUCAGGAUCUAACUCGUCGACGUUUCUCAUUCCCCAAUGGGGAGCCAUCUAUCUGUAUCCCCUUGAGCAGGUUGGCAGCGACAAAACCAUCCGGUGGAACCAUCUAGAGUUUCCGAUGGAAGAAUUUACCUCAAGGCUCUUCCAGAUGCUUGGACUUGUGAAACAUCCAAAGUCACCGCAACUGCGGUUCGAGAUCACCCAACGAUUGCGGAUUUUGUCAAAUGUACUGAAAAUGAGCCAAAAUCUGCUCAGUGUUGAAAAGCUGUCCAAGAAAGGCAAGCUCAACGAAGCACUGGUCAAGAACGUGUUUGAGUGUCUCCGGUUUCGCAACGAGACCGUUGCAAGUCUAAAUUCUCAGGACUGGGACUCGGCCUUGAGCCUGUCCAACUUGGCCCUGGAACGCUCGAAUAGGGCCUUUUUCGAUGAGAAUUUGUUGUGA